GCGGCCGGAAAAAGAACGUCUGUGAUACGAACUGACAAAACGGUGCACAUGGGCUCACGCCGCAGGUGGAGAGUAAUAAAUACAGCUCUGUGUGGAUGGAUUUCACCGACCAGCACCAUAACAUCACUUGUAAUCUAAUUUUGGUUUCGCUCCUCUGGAAGUGCGCCAGGUUGAAGUGAUAUGGUGAUAUUUUUUGAAUGGCACCGGACAUCUUUGGACCAGAGGAGCAGCUGUGGUUUGCCAAUGACUGGUGAAGACACUGGUUUGGGGGCUUUGGCCUCACCACUGGUGGGGUAUUUGGGAAAAGUUCAGGAAAGAGCUUCUUCACUGGAGCAUUGUCCUUGGUGUACUUCGAAAGGCUUAACAUAUGCUUUGCGCUCCUACUGCAUCAACCUUCAAGAGUCAGUCACCCUCUGCACAAACCCACAGUGCCUUUUCCCUCUGGUCAGCCAAUCUUUGGAGGAUGUUCUGGCCAGCUUGGAUCCUGUGGAGCCCACGGUUGGGAGCAAAAGAAAAAAUCCCCUGCCACUGGAAAAGGAAGAGUUGAUUGGACGCUCACCCAAAUGUCUGCGAUCAAGUGAACUUGACAGUCCCGGCACACAAAGUGUUACUGACACACUUGUCAGCCAGGCAGAGCAUUGUGCUGUAAACGAUGUCAGUAAUGGCCAACAUGCAGCACCCAAGACAGAUGGUGAAAAGGUAAACGGAGACCACAGGGAUUUUGAUUGUCCAAUUGCAGAGACAACAGGAUGGGAAACACCACAAAAUGAGGAUGUUUUUCUGGAGAAGCAACAAGACGGAGCAGCUUGUGCGGAAGGCUUUGCUCUUCCUGCGUGCUCAGCCUCAGCUGGACACCUGCAGAGCUCAUCAGAAACCUUGUUGACUGCUGAUGGGGAUGAGCCUGCGCUCUCUCCUCACUGUGGUGCUCUUGGUAUGUUAGAGGCAGAGGAUGACUUCAGGCAGGUGAAGAGUCAUCCAGAGGGGCUGAACAGACGGUGUAGUUUGGCCUCCAAUCAGUCCAGCCUCACAAAUGAGGACAUUUAUUCAACUGAAAUCAAUACUCCACCGCCCCAGCUCAAUGAGCAGACAGCGAGGAUGAAACAGAAACCACUGACUGCAGACAUCACCGUGUGUAAAGACAUAGCAGGCAUUAAGUCAGAAACUGAGGAUUUGUCCUGUACCUCUUUAAUAGAGUCAGGAGAGGAGCAUGUACCUGUUCCAAAUCAGCUUUUCUGGAGGAACAGCGACAACCUGUGUUGGCUGGACUCACUGCUUGCUGCUUUGGUGAAGUGUAAGAGCUUGAGAAAGUGUAAACCUAAAGACGAGCCUCAGCGGCCAUCUGUCUGGCAGCUAAUGAGAAGAUAUGAAGACAUUUGUGCUGCCACUCAAGUCCACCAGCAGACUGGCAGAGAUGGUGGGGUGCAGGUGCCAAAACAUGUGCUGCAAAAGGCCAAUGCGGACCUACAGAGUCUCAGGAUGUCAGUCUUCAAGCUACUGCAGCCCAAGCUACAUUGCAAACUGGGUCAGAGGGAAACUCCAGUAUUUGCAAUGCCACUUCUUCUUACAUUGGACUCAUGGGUGGAGCCUCUUUUCCAGUCAACCUUUCACUGGGAGUUUAAGUGCAGCGAAUGUAAAGCUGCUACCAAAGAAAGGUUAAUGAAGACUCUUCCCACCUUCACAAAUAUUAUGCCUGAUUGGCGCCCACUUCAUGCAGUUCAUUUGGCCCCGUGCAAUGUAUGCUGCCGAAAGAAUCAGAAGAGGACCAUGAUGCUGGAGAGCGUGCCUCCAGUGUUUGUGCUGCAUUUUAUAGAGGGGCUUCCUGACAAUGAUGUCAGUGUCUACGCCUUCAACUUCAAAAGGAAACACUACUCAGUCACCACUGUCAUACAGUACAACCAUCAACUGAAGCACUUUGUCACCUGGAUUUGUAAUUCUGAUGGAUCGUGGCUAGAAUACGAUGACUUGAAAUACCCAGACUGUAAGACCCAUCGGAAACUCCCAGUCCCUGCUCAGGAGAUGCACGUCAUCUUCUGGGAAGCGGAGGAGGAUAAAGAUCCUCUCAUCUGUUCUCCCUCCAGCACAUUUUCUGACUCUACCCCAUCUAAAAAUGAGAUGAACCCCAGACUAUGUGACAAAGACUUAGCAGCAGAUGAACUCUUGGCUUGCUCUCCAGCUCAGUCUCCUCUCGUGUCUCACAAUGAGACUGGCGUUGUCUGUGUGCUCUCAGUAUCUGAAGACGGCAACAACAUCACGGACACAACCAUUACAGCCGGACUUGAUACAUCAAUAGGUUCCACAACGUUGCUCGAAGCCUUCGAGGGCCUUAGCCAUAAUGAUAUAAUUACACUCACACUGGUGGACUUACAAACUGAUUCAGAAAUUCAACCUGUAAAUGACAAUGAACAAACUCAAGAUUUGAGUGUUACCGGCAAGAAUGAAAUACUUGAUGUGACACCGGAUAGCUCCUCCGCUGUAAUAGGCAGUGAAAGGUGUGACGGCCCUGAUGUUGAGCUUCCCUCCACCUCCAGCACAUCUGAACCUGAAUCUGGCGAUGGCUCGUCUAGUGAUCCAACAUUUGUGCCUGGUGCAAGGAGAGGACGAGGGAGAGGCAGAGGGAGAGGAAUUGGCAGAGGCAAAGCUGUUAGCAGACAGAAAGGUAAAACAGCAGCCUCAUCAAAAGCAGCUCCCCAUAUUCCACCACCUGUGUCCUCUGAGCCCUCCGAAGUAACGAGUAACAAACCUGUGGUUGUUGCUGCUCAGGAAAACACACCAGCUGUUGAAGCUACAGAGCAAAGGUCCCCCCUGGUUUCUACUGUUUCCUCAUCCCUGGCCACUAGUCAGAAAAGUCCCACAGUUCCACCAACACUAGAUCAGAACGCCCGCUGGUCCUUCCUGCUCAGCAAACACCCACUAACCCAUCUUCAGAAGUCCACUGCGAAACUCGGCCCCACCCACACACCCACCUCGGUCGCACAGGUAAACCCCACUCCUCCUGCUCACUCUACCCCCAUCCAGGUGAGAAGACAGCAUAUUCCUGGAGGACUUUUCCCUAAACCACAGCUCAGGACAGAGGAGAGUGAGGGUCUCCCACUGAAAGCUGCAGAAAUGUACGGUGCAUUCAGUGCCAAGAGCUCAAACAAACCCAGUCCUCUCCCAUCCCCUGCGCUUCUCAGUGGCAAAUCAGAACUGUUUCAGCCCAUCACUUCUCACCGUCACAAUUCACUGGGGACCACAGCAGUGGUGUCUGAUGCAUUACUUCCUACGCAUAAAGCAAAGGGGCUCCCUGAGAUCUCCUCCAAGAAACAGAGCAGCAAGGUUCCUCCAGGUCUCAGCGACACUGAAGCUCUCAGGUACAAGCUGAUAAAGAAACUGAAAGCAAAGAAGAAGAAGCUCGCCAAGCUGAAUGAACUCUUGGGUCAUCAGGGAGGCUCCAGCCUCCAACCGGACAGCACUGGCCUCAGCUCUCCUAACACAGUUACCUCAAGUACCUAUGACGGCUCCACUUGCGACGACUUCCUCUCAGACCUGCUCUCACCAGCAACGACAGCCAGCAACCUAUCGCCAGACAGCACGGGCUUCUUAGAGAUGCUCACCAACAGACAAGAUGGAGUCGGCCAGUUGGACUGCGGGGUUAAUGCUGUUGGUGCAGUGUCACAGAAGAACACUUACAUGACCAACAAUGAACACUUCCUGGAUGAGUUUCUUGCGCAGGCUGUGACUCAGAGACCGACUGAGUUGGAGAGCGAAGCACUUAGUGCACUAGAACUUUUCAUUUAAGUUAUAGGGGUAGGUGUUGUCUGCAGGCUAUGAGCACAGAUAACAUUAACAGUAACUUACUGUUGUGAGAGAAUUAUGCAAAGUCUACUUGUUUAACAGUUUUACACCUCAUCUGUAGGGAUGGGUUCUGAUAGCAGGUUCCAAAUUAGUAAAAUACCAGGAUUUUUUUAAGAUCAGCAGCCAACGAAUCCCUUAUUGAAUCCUUAAUUCUUGUCCUAUGUUCAAUAAGAGAUUCAGAGUCAAUUUAGAUGCUGUUGAACCCCAUCCCUAUUGAUCACUCAGACUUGUCAGUUUGUCCCCACGUGAAGAUGUAGUUUACAAGUUUAUAGUAAUGAAAUCUCUGUGUGUAUUUAUGUUGAUAUUAAUUUAGAAAACUUCAUGAAGUUUGUAUGUUGGCGAUGGUAUGUAGAGCCGUGGAUUAAAUUUGUAAACCACAUCUUGAAAUGUUUUCUGAAAGUUUGGCACUUUGUAGUUUAUAUGUACUGUAUGCAUCUGGGUUGUGUGAGGCCGUCAUGUUGACAGCCAAAGCUGUUUGUUUGCUCUGUUUUGUUAUUUUGACAAAUUACUUGAAAAUUCUCAUGGAAGAUAUUUCUUUUUUUAGUGUCAUUUAAUAAACACUUUAAAUGAC